AUGACGGCUGCAAUAUUCAUUUGGUUGACUUCUUGUUUUCUUCGUCGUUGUUGGAUUUCUUCAACUCAACAGCAUAUAAUCCAUAAAGAGCAAGAACUAUCAACGUUGGAAACUACGGCGUCGUUCCCGACGGUCGAACAGAUAAUGAGAAGAAACGAUGCAUGCAAUGGAAAUGGAGCUUCGGUAUUGUAUGUACCCAAAGGAGAUUACGUGCUCGGACCGGUUGUGUUUUCCGGUCCAUGCAAACGUCCGAUAAUGUUUCUGAUGACCGGAGUCUUGAAGGCUUUACCCGGACCUUCUGCUGUUUCAAACUGGAUAAAUUUUCGAAAUGUAAGUCUUCUGUUGAUCAAAGGUGGUGGAACAUUUGAUGGUCAAGGACCUUCUGCUUGGCGUUUCAAUAAUUGUCACAAGGACCCUAACUGCAGGCCGCUUCCAAUUAAUCUCAAAUUUGAUUCGGUGAUGAACUCGAGGAUUGAAUUCGUAAAAUCAGUCAAUAGUAACCAAACUCACAUCUCAUUCCACGGAUGUAAGAACGUAAAUAUAACAGACGUUGAAGUACUGGCCCCGGCAGAAAGUUCCAACACCGACGGAAUCAAGAUGGGGAGGUCUUCCGGCAUCCGGAUAUUGAACUCGAAAAUAAGCACCGGUGACGACUGUGUAGCCAUCCUUUCCAGGAGCUCGAACAUCGAAGUUUCGAAUGUUCAUUGUGGUCCUGGACAUGGUAUCAGCAUCGGAAGCCUUGGCAAGUACCAUGGUGAACUGCAUGUUCAUGGCGUGACCGUGACAGGGACGUAUUGCCCUCUUACUGAUCAAGGGGCAUCAUCUCAUAUUCAAAUAAGAGAUUUUACAUAUAGGAACACACGUGGAACUACAAGCUCUGAAGUUGCUGUUUCUUUUGAAUGCAGCAAGAAAUUCCCAUGCAAGAAUAUAGUGAUGACUGACGUUAAUUUUGUUCAUUCUAAACGUGGAUUAUCUUUGAAAUCCACGUGUUCAAAUGUUAUUGGUCGUAGCUUCGGCCUUUAA